UCGUUGCUAGUUACCUACUCAACAGUACUAUUCAAAAUUUCCCGGGUGUUGCUCCGGAAUUGAAUAAUUAAAAGAUUGAACAAUUCGGUUGGUGGUCCGUCAUUAGGAAAAUUGUGAGAGACAAUUGUCUCUCACAGAUUAGAUAUUGAGGGGUCAAUAAUUUUUACUGCCCCUUGGAUAUCGUUUUUGGGUAGAUUUUGAGGUUAGAAAACACACGGUUUUCGGCAGUGGACCGGGACCGCUGGUGGAUAAUGCCAGGUUUUUUCCUGGUUUCAUACCAUGUUUUUUAAUAUUUCUAAGAGUUUUUCACCGACGAGAAUCCGUCAAGUCGGUAGGGUAUUCGCGUCACAGCCGAGGGAAGUGGUUCGUGGUUAUGAUGUGUGUUGUUGGAAGAACGUUCUUGGGGGAUCAGUGAAUGGGGGUUUGCCUCUGCAGAGGUGUUACAGCAUUGAUACUAAGGAAGAUCCAGCAUCGGAGAAUGUUCUUCCACCCUUGGUUGGGAACGAUUUGAUUAUUGUGCCUGGAAUUUUCAAGACAAUUUCGAGUAUCUUCCAACUUCAGGGACAUCUGAGGAGAUAUGAUCCCUCGUUCCAAGUGCCGGAGUUUGUUGAAGCGUCGAAACAAGCAGUUGAAACAGUGUCCCAUUUUCUGAGCAAAGAGAACUAUGAGGCCCUGGAGGGACUUGUCACCCCUGAAGUUAUCCAGCAAUUGAGACAGAAAAUUUGUACACUAACGCCCUCGCAAAAAGAACUCAUUGCUAUUAGAAAAGAAGAUAUUUAUGGACAGUUUCCUUACACAAUGAAUAUGCUAUAUGAAGGAGAAGGAGAUAACAAGAAGGCUUACGCUGAGAUACUCAUGGUAUAUUAUUCCCUGAGAGGUUUGGCAGAAAUGAGAGAAAAAAAUAUCAACCCUCCGUUACAAAUGGGACUGAUGCCAGAGUAUCGAGACAAAAUAUUCCUCGCGAAUUAUAGAUUUAUCAAAGAUUAUACCAAUGGCAAUGAUGAACCUUGGAUCGUUAAUUUGUGUAACGAAGUCAUGCUCUUGGCAUACAAAUAAUCCGCUGUUUUUAAUACUUAGAGCCAAUGAGGAUGGUAAUAAUUUACGUUAAAAACACUUCGAAACUCUCCUGUUUGACGAAUUGUAAAAUACAUUUUUGUUUGAAAAUUU